GUUGCAGACUUUCAGGAAAUUAAUGGCUUCUAUAGGAGAAGUUGCAGUGGCCAUUACGUUGUUAGUCUUGACCGUACAAGGUUUUCUUGUAUUGGGACGUCUGGAAUGUGAGAAGCUGCCGAUAGAGUUCUGCGCUUUCUCUGUGUCAUCGUCAGGUGCUCGUUGUGUUCUGGAAAAGGAGUACUCCUUGUUCGACCGAUCAAUAUACAACUGCAAGUCAUCGGCCAUCAUGGCGGAGAAGAGGAGGGAAUGGAUUGAGAGUGAGAAGUGUCUGCGAAUUUGUGGUUUACAGAGAAUGAGUGUGGGUAUGUCCAUUGACGAUAUUAACGAAUAUUCUGAGUUUUCUUCUAAAUUGUGCUCAGACAAGUGCCAAAGCAGCUGCCCCAACGUUGCAGAUCUUUACCCCACUCUAACUUCAAAUGGAGGAUUAUAUUUACCACAUUUGUGUGAAGUUCAUGACAAAAGAAGUCGAAGAUUGGUAUUACAAAAUGAGAGUGGAAGUGGGAGUGAUGUGGAUAAUGAGCAUGAGGAUAUGUUAGUUGCUGCACCUACACCUUCACCUAUGAUGAUAAAUGCACUUACCCCUUCUCCCACCAUGAAUGUGCCUAUGUUUGGACCUACACCUGCAAUAAUAGAUGCACUUACCCCUGCUCCAACUAUGGGAGUAGACUAAAGAUACAACAUUUGGACCUCCUAAAACUAUAGAUUACAGUCAAUAAUGUUGAUCUGUCGACACAAUAAAUAGUACUAGUUCAAUUCACAAUGUUGAUCUAAUAAUAGGCUAAGAGUUACUAGUCAAGUUUAUAAUCCUUUGUUGCAUAAAUUAUAUUAUUAAGAGAUAAUAAAAUAUCAUUGUACUACUAUGUU